AUUAAAAGUUACGUCAACUCAACUUAUUAAAGAAUUGUAUUUUUAUUCCUAAAUAAAUGCGUAUAAAAGAUAACAAAACCUUCGACAAAACCUUCACAAAUGCUAUUUAAAGUAUUAAUGUACAUGUCCAUAUAAUUAAUGUAUUUAGCUUAAACGUAGUUAUAGAAAAAAAUUCAAAGAAGCAAUAAUUGUAAAAAAUGAGUUCCAAAGCAGCGAGGGCAAUUAUAUUAACAUUGACAGGAUGCAUGUUAAAUAAUAUAUUUUUGGAAUACAUCAUACAAUUGGACCCGGGCUCAGGGCAUCUCAUAACGUUGUGUCAGUUCCUAUUCAUCGCCCUCCACGGCUUCAUUUUCACCUCGAAAUGUGGAACAGUCCGCCCGAAAAUCCCGCUGGUGGAUUACAUGAAGUUAGUCAUAUUUUUCUUCACGACGAGCGUGGUGAACAACUGGGCGUUCGCUUUCAACAUUCCCGUGCCCCUUCACAUGAUAUUCAGGGCCGGCUCGCUAAUCGCCAACAUGGUGAUGGGGAUUAUCGUGUUGAAGAAGAAGUAUACAUUCGAGAAGUAUUUUUCAGUAUUCUGCAUCACUGCGGGCAUUAUAAUUUGCACGCUUUAUUCGAGCAAGCCUCAGAAGGCGGCUUGUACUGACUGUGAUCCCCAUGCUCAAAUAAAAGUGGACGAAAAUGUGGAUUACGAGCAUUUCUUCUGGUGGGUAAUCGGUAUUAUACUUUUGACAGGAGCUUUACUGCUUUCAGCUGCUAUGGGCAUUUUUCAAGAGCAGCUUUAUAAAAAGCACGGAAAACAAAACCAGGAGGCCUUGUACUAUACGCACUUGUACCCUAUACCGGGCUUCUUGAUGUACUCCGGAAGUAUCAUAGAACAUGCGAGAAUAGCGAGUAACAGCGAAUCGAUGAACGUGCCUAUAUUAAACAUGGACUUACCAAUACUUUGGAUCUUUUUAUUCCUAAAUGUCAUCACACAGUUUAUGUGCAUAAGCAACGUUUACGUCCUGACAGCAGAAUGCGCUUCACUGACCGUUACUUUAGUCAUAACGUUGAGGAAAUUCUUUUCCUUGGUGUUUUCGAUUAUCUAUUUCCAAAAUCCGUUUACAGCGGCUCAUUGGUUUGGAACUGCGUUGGUCUUUUUGGGGACUUUAAUGUUCUCCGAAACGCAUAAGCGGAUAUUUGAAGCGCUUUCUAGCAAACCGUCGAAAAAAUUACAAGACAAAAAAUCGAAGUAAAGCGAUUCAAUUAGACGCCGAAUAGAUUUGUUUCAACUAGCAAAAUUUUGAUUUUAAUUGACCAAAUUAAAUUAUUUUAAUAGUUUUUGUUAUUUUUGUGGCUUUGUUAUGUUUCAUAUUGUAAUUUUUUAUGAUAUAAUAAAUUUUGAAACAAUAUAGU